ACAUUUCUAUGGGCAGAGCGCGAACACACCACCGGUCCUCCCUGCAGAGCGCCAGCCACUUAGGUAUGUGUUUAUCUGGUAACUAACAUGAGGCGUUUAGUACAGAGAUAGAUUUUAAGACGGAAAGCCUCUGUACGUCGUGUUUCUUCACCGGAGAGCACUCCCCUUUUUCUGCCUGGCGUUUUGUUCGAGCGGAAAGCCUGCCGUGGAGCGGUUGUCACACAGGCCGCGGAUCGGGUCUUGUUGCUGGGAGGAGACCAUCCAGACUCGCCUCCCUGUUAGCAUUAUUAGCUGGCUACGAUGCCCCGCUGCUGCUGGUGUAUUUUCUACACGGCAGGCCACUGUAAAGCGAGGCAGGACCUUGGAUAACUGGUUAUACCAACGGAACUGAAGGGUCACUUGGAGAAACACCACACCUUUCAAGGAUGGAUGUUGAUUUAUGUGCUGGCGGGGACAGCACCAGAAGAAAAGUGGACUUGGCUGGAGUUUCGGACGUCACAAUGGACCUCGUACCAUUGGAGAUGUACGAUUCUGCCAGAGCAAAAAUAGCUGCCAACCUGCGGUGGCUGUUUGCCAAAGCAUAUGGCAUUGACCAUAUUCCAGAGGAUUUAAGGGACCCCUUCUACACAGACCAGUACGAGCAGGAGCACAUAAAGCCGCCUGUCAUCCACCUGCUGCUCUCCUGCGAGCUCUACUGCCGUGUCUGCGCCCUCAUCCUCAAGACGGAGCAGGCGGCGUCCCUUCAGUCCCACCUGUCCGUCAUCCAGGCCCUGUCCAGAAAGGGCAUUUAUGUUGUGGAAAGUGACGAUACUCCCGUCACAGAUGAGGACCUGGCCUGUUUGCCCAUCAAAAUGGUGAGUGUUUGGACUUAAUGUUUAGGUACAUGUGUUUGCUUUAUACUCCU